CUCCGACCAGGGGGAGGAAGAAGAAGAAGAAGAAGAAGAAGAAGAUCAUCGCGGGGCGCAGAGGGAGGGAGAGAGAGUACAGUCUGUUACAGGGGGAGGAGAUGGAGGGCGACCCGACCCGGGUGAUGAUCGGAGUGAACGAAUCGACGAUCAAGGGGUACCCGCACGCGUCGAUAAGCAGCAGAGGAGCCUUCGAGUGGACUCUCCACAAGAUCGUCCGCUCCAACACCGCCGGCUUCAAGCUCCUCUUCCUCCACGUCCAAGUCCCCGACGAAGACGGUUUUGAUGAUAUGGAUAGUAUAUAUGCAUCUCCAGACGAUUUCAAGAGCAUGAAACAGAGGGACAAGGCGAGAGGACUUCAUCUACUGGAGUACUUUGUCAAUAGAUGUCAUGAAAUCGGGGUACAAUGUGAAGCAUGGAUCAAGAAAGGAGAUCCAAAAGAGGUAAUCUGUCAUGAGGUGAAGCGAGUUAGGCCUGAUCUACUUGUCAUGGGAUGCAGGGGUCUUGGCCCUUUCCAAAGGGUUUUUGUCGGCACCGUCAGCGAAUUCUGCGCAAAGCAUGCCGAGUGCCCUGUCAUUACCAUCAAAAGGCCCGCAGACGAAGCUCCUCAGGACCCUGUCGAUGACUGAUUGAUUUCCAUUUUGUGCAUGACCCAUUUUAUCGUGUUAAUAGGUCGUCGAUUCUAGGUUUGAAGCAUCAGGCCAUGAGUCGAGGAUGUGUUGAGUAUGCAAAUCAUAUGUUGUCCGUGUAAUGGCUGUUAGAACUUGACUCCUUAAGUUCAUCUUCCGUGAUUUUUGAUUGAUCAUUUCC